CUCGAGGGGGGGGGCAAGGCAGUGGAAUUAUCCUGUUCAAAGUUGCAAUGCCAUGUCAUCUGCACGUCAGAUGCAAAUCCGAGCUCCCUCUAUCCUCUCGGACGACGUCGCAUAAAACCAUCAUCCUCAUCGCUACCCGUCCCAAGCCAAGCCAAGCCAAGCCAAGCCAAGACGCCGUUGACUCAUCAGUCUCUCUUCUCUCCCCCUCUGACUAAUCAUCAUGCCUUCUUCAAUGGCGCUGCUGAUCCGCCGUCGCAGCCUCCAUGGUCGAACCUCCUCGCUCCUCCAGGCGAGGCUCUUCUCCCGUUCGCCGGAGGCGGCGGCGGCUGCUGCGAAGCGACGGGCCUCGGAGCCGAAGCCCAUCGAGAAGAUACUGGUGGCGAACCGAGGCGAGAUAGCUUGCAGGAUCAUGCGGACGGCGAGGAGGCUGGGGGUUCGGACCGUCGCCGUCUAAAGCGACGCCGACGCCGGCGCUCUCCAUGUCGGGUCCGCCGACGAGGCCGCCUGCAUCGGCCCCGCUCCGGCUCGCCUCGGUUACCUCGGUGGGGCGUCCAUCAUCGACGCCGCGCUUCGCACCGGUGCUCAGGAUAUGGUUUUCUGUCAGAGUCAGCUGAAUUUGCUCAGCUCUGUGAAGAAAAUGGCCUCGCUUUCAUUGGUCCUCCUGCAUCAGCUAUUAGAGACGUGGGUGACAAAAGGUAUGAAAGAGGAACCUUCUGCCAACUGCAUCAAAAAAAGAUAAUGGGUUCUGCUGGGGUUCCGCUUGUGCCUGGAUAUCAUGGUGAUGAACAGGACAUUGACUUUAUGAGGUCGGAAGCAGAGAAGAUCGGUUAUCCCGUUAUGAUAAAACCAACACAUGGAGGUGGGGGGAAGGGUGUGAGGAUUGUUCAAAGUGCAAAUGAAUUUGUCGAGUCCUUCUAAGGAGCACAACGUGAGGCUGCUGCUCCUUUUGGCGUAGACAAGAUCUUACUGGAGAAAUAUAUCACAAGGCUGAGACAUAUAGAAGUCCAGACAAGUACGGGAAUGUACUCCACUUAAAUGAGAGUGAUUGCAGUGUACAAAGAAGACAUCAGAAGAUUAUUGAAGAAGCUCCUGCUCCAAAUGUUACUAGCGACUUCCGCACCCACUUGGGUCAAGAUGCUGUUUCCGCAGCCAAGGCUGUUUUCUCUCAAUGCCCUUUUGCAAGCAAAGGACUACGAUCGAGAUAACUGUCCAGUUCAGAAAAUAGUCUAUAAAAUAUAUAUAUUGUCAGAAGAAUCACAAGUUGAAUGAAAUGGCAAGGUCUGGAACACUUGAUUGCGGAUAAUUGCAAACAGCUACAACAGAUUCCUCAGCUUCCACCAAAUGUGCAUAUGCUACGGGCACACUGUUGAAGAUCUCUACAAGAAUUUCCAGAUUUGUCGGGUCUCUCCUCCCACUGCCUUCUGGUUCGUUUAUCUUCAUGUCGUGAAUUAU